GAUUUCAGGUCAAAAGCAAUUCGGUUGGAUUUCGCAAACGCAUGCGCAUUAACUAUCAAUCUAUAUACCAUACCCGGAACUAAUUUCAGCUUAUUGCAUUUCUAGAACGGAUGAUAUGGAUGCUGAACGUGAGAAUGUGAGUACAGAAGCUCAGUUCCAUCAACCAACUAGGGAAGAUUUAAUGAAAUGUUUCGAUAAAUAUGACAUGACACAUAAAAAGCGAGGUGUUGCUUACAUCUUCAACAAUGAGAAUUUUAAAGACUCAAAACUUUCAACUCGUCACGGCUCAUCAAAAGACACAGAAGAUUUUAAAGCAUCAUUAUUAAAUCUUGGAUUUCGUGAAGAUGACAUCAAAGUUCAUACAGAUGAAAGUGCCGAUGAGAUGCGCAAGGCUUUGAACGAGUUUGAGCAAGAUAAUCCUGAUAUUGAAGGUAAUAUUGACUGCUUUAUUUGUGCGAUUCUGAGCCAUGGCGGUGAAGACGAUAUCAUAUAUGGAUACGAAGGUAAAGUUGAGCUAGACGAAUUGCUUUCUUACCUGAGACCCGAUCGCUGUCCGUCUCUAACAGGAAUACCUAAAUUAAUAUUUAUUCAAACAUGUCGUGGAAGCAAGAUUGAUGUUGGAGUCGAAAGAAACGAUGCCGAGAAAGAAGAAUCUGGAAAAAAGCCACCGAAAAUUCCAAUCAUGGCAGAUAUGUUGGUUUUCCAUUCGUCAUCAAAUAAAUAUCCGUCAAUAAGGGAUAAAGAUACAGGUUCAUGGUUUAUGCAAACUUUAAGUAGAAUGUUGAUGGAAUACGGCGCAGAAUAUGAAAUUAUGAAACUGUUAGCUGCGGUCUGUAACCAUGUUGCCUCCAUUGAAUUGCAAAUUUCCCUUAUUUUGAAAGGUGAAAGGGUUAAUUCUGACUUUAAACAAAUGCCUCAGAUUAUGACGACAUUGCGCAAAGAACUAAAGUUUGAACCGAGGAGGUAAAAUAUUUCCGAAAAGAAUAUAUUUUACAAACAUAUUUUAGGAACUAAUAUAUCUACAAGGAAGUACACAGUUUUCACGCAUAAUACCUACAGUAUAUAUUGAUAAAUAGAUUAAUAUGAGGUUUUCAGCAGAAAAAAAUUGCUUAUGUGAUUACAAACUUGAUUUGACUUAAUAAAUAUCCACUAACAUUUGAAGGUGCUUAACUAAAACUAUUUCCUACCAUGAAUUUUACUAAGAACACCAGUGACUUAUAGGUCCAUUCUAAAUUACAAAAUAAUCCUACAUUCUGAAAAUUGAACCAACAUUCUUUUAUAUACAACUAAAUAUGAACAAUAUUAAUAUGUAGGCUAUUUUAUUCAUGUAUUUUCCUAUAUCGCUGGAUUCGUAAAAGUUUCUCUGCCAAAGAGAAAUUUCUUCUCUCACUGCAUUAAACUAUCUCAGCACCA